AUAUUUUAGCAAUUUAUUUAUGCAACAAUAGUUAAAAUUUCAAGGCCUGACAGUAAGCAAUGACUCGGUAUAGCAUUAUUGCAAACAGUCCUUAGGGUGUUUCUAAGCAAUUUAUGUUGACAAAAAUUUUGGAUUCUAACUUUGCCAGUAUUUUUUUAAAUACAGUUUCAUUUGAGGUACGAGAAUAAUUGGAAAUAUUUUUGACUGGCAGUUACAAAUGUCGAGAAAAGAGAGUCGUAGUUCCCAGCUAUUAUGAGAGUGUGGACCGACCAUUUAUGUUAAUUUUGAGAAGUAUGGAUACAUUCACGUCGAAAAGCUGCACUUACUGUAAGGACAAUAAACAGAAACGCGCAGAUGUGUGCAGAAGUCCCUCGGCACCUGCGCAGAGAGUGGACGCGAGCACGUUGACCGGCGACGACAGACCGAUAAACACCAAAAACCAAAGGCUAUUAGCGGGAAACAAAACGGAAGAAGAAAUAUCCAAAAGGCCAGUGAAAUGCUUGUUCCAUAAGUGUUCGAAGUACGUCGCCAUAACCGACAUCAUGUCGCACUUCUGGUGCGACCAUGACGAUGUCUCCAUGAUCGUGGGAGACGGGGACAACUUCCACAUAUGGGUGGCUCCGGAUGACAUACCCGCCGACUCCAGCACGUGCAUCGCGCUGAUCCUACUGGUCGACAGCCAAAACAACAGCCAGGACAAGACGCGCAAGAGCGACGUGACGCCCGAGCACCUGCGCGAGAGCCGGCCGGCGCUGGUGAUGGCGGGCCGGACGCGGCUGGGCACGGCCGAGCCCGCCGUGCUGUUCUGGGUGUCGGAGGCCGAGGCGCGCCUCAGCUGCAGCGUCCGCGUGACCCAGUUCUCGGAGCCGGGCACGAGCGUGGCCUACAGCGGGCCCACCAACAACCUGCGGCUGGACCGAGACCUGCGCGGCGUGCUGGAGCGCGGCCACUGCGCGGUCGUGCUGCCCGGCCUGGCCCGGUCCCUCGCGCGCCUCACCCGGGGGUUCGACGUCUCCGUGCGCGUCAAGGCCGCGUAGCGGCCGCCGACGCCGCCUCUUCACCAGACCACGUGCACUUCUGUUCCGAAUAUGACAGUGUCUCGCUAACAUCGUGGAAUACCUACUUUCUUCCUGAACACUUGCGGGGUUGUCGACAAAAAGUCCUUUUUUUUUUAUGUAAAAGCUUCAAAUACAGAUUAUAACACACAUCUACUGAUGCAAUGAGCAAAUACAGAAGGUUUUUCAAUCUUGUUGCUUUGUCUGUAAGCUACAUAUUUACAAAUUUUUAAAGUUUUACAAAGUUCAUAGAUUUGCUUCACGAUUUUUUUGAUGUGCGAACAAACAUCUCAGCUCUCGGUACGCUGCCACUUGGCAGGAGUAAUUAAGAGCAUGGAAUGGAAAUGUGUUAAUACGGUGCUGCGAUCUGUGAAAGUCUUAGAAAUCUUGAAAAGAUGGCGUGCGAUUCAUCUGUCCGUAUUAUUGUUUGCAAUCAUCGGGGGAUGUACUAAGCGAAUUGGUGUACCAAAAUAAACUUUAUAAUAGUA